UCUCGCUGUAGUUCCACGUAUGUCUAAACCCCGAGGGCGGACCGGGAGCCGUGACACGAGCGGCCGUUAAAGCGGCGGGCUCGCGCGCAGACGGGACACUGGUUAGGGGAGGAGCUGUGCGGGAUCAUGCGCUCGGUUUGGGGGCUGUUUGCGGUUGUCGCCACCGCCACCUUCUACCUCUACGUGCUGGCAGCGUUUCUGCCGCCCGGGCCGCCUCGCGCGCAACAUCAUCACGAGCCCGCGGCGGAACCGGGAGCGCGCGAAGAGGACAGCGGCGCGCAUGAAGAGGAGCUCCGGUUGCGUUUCCCAUCAGACCUGGACGAGCUGCGAGAUCUGGCCGAGCUGCUCAAGUUUUAUAAGCGGCAGCACACGGGUUAUGUGUUCGUGCUGUUCUGUAGCGCCUACCUCUACAAGCAGUCCUUCGCCAUUCCCGGUUCCUCCUUCCUGAACAUGCUGGCGGGGGCGCUGUUCGGUGCAUGGCAUGGGCUGCUCAUUGCCUGCACUCUCACCACAGUGGGCUCCACUAACUGCUACCUGCUGUCCCGGACAUUCGGCAAACGCCACGUGAUCCGGCUCUUCCCUGAGAAAGUGUCCACGCUGCAGAGGAAGGUUGAGGAAAACCGGAGCAGUCUGUUCUUCUUCCUGCUCUUCCUGCGCUUCUUUCCCAUGACACCCAACUGGUUCUUGAAUGUUACCUCUCCCAUCCUCAACAUCCCCAUCCCCAUGUUCUUCUUCUCUGCCCUUAUCGGUCUGAUCCCCUACAACUUCAUCUGUGUAAGGACGGGAGCCAUCUUGUCUGAGAUCACAUCACUGGACGAUAUCUUCUCUUGGGGGACACUGCUGCAGCUGCUGCUCAUAGCGUGCGUAGCCCUCCUGCCUGGCGCCAUCAUCCGCCGCUACAGUCAAUCGCACCUCAAACUGGACGGCAUGCAGUCCAACGGCCGGAGCAAACAGCAUCAGGAGAUCAACCAUCUCAAAAGCAGUUGACCUGCAUCAGAUCAGGGAUGUGCAGGAGCGCGGCACUGAACGGGAGGUGAUACCCAAAAGCACUUUGUUCAUAAUGUUUAAAUUCUGUGGUUGUUUUUUUAUAUAAAUGUUUAGUAAUAGGAACUCUGUAGCAGAUUGCUACGGCUGUUGGAAAAGCUACACUCUUACACUUACUGUAUAUAAAUGAUAACCAUGGUCCACACACAGUCAUUACUUAAAAGACCACAUACAGUGUAUACUGUCUAAAAAAACCCAGCUUAUUAUGUAUAGUUAUUAUUAGUCGUGUAACAUACUGUAGUUCGGCACGCACAUGAACUGCGGAUUAAUUUUAAGUGAGGUUUAACCAUCCUAUUGAGAAAUACAGGGGUAUAUUUGGGCCUUAUUCCAAAAUUAAAAAAUAUAUAUUUUAAAAAUACUUUUUUUGCAUGUGCAGAAAUUACAUUUUAAUUCCCUCAAACUUUCCCUUUAACACUCUAUGCAACGUCUUUGUCAGGGUUGCCAGAUUGCACUCAAAACAUCCCGCAUAGACAUGGCUUAAAGUAAGUAACUAUUAGCCUAAAUAAUAUUAAUUGUACAUAUAUAAUAGAUAUUUUAUUUUACGAUUUUACUUACACAUUGGACAUUUUGUAUUAUUAUUUUUGUUUAUAAUUAAAACCAUAAGCAAAGUCCCCUUGCUUUAAGUGUUCUUUAAGUGCUGUAAGUGAUAAAAGCACAAUUAUAUCUCCCUGUUUUGCUUUCGUUCCCAUUGUACCCCAGUAAUUAUUAGAAUACAUUCAACUUAAUUUAUAUGAACUUAAAAAAAGGAAAAUAUCUGGAACAUACCUGGCAACCCUGAUUUGAACCCUACAAACAUGUCAUAUGGACACACGUCGUCAUAUGGACACACGUCGUGUAGACCAGGGAAAUCAUUCAACUUUGCAUUGCUUUGGUCCAGUGACAAAGAACGUAGUACAGUACAGGGUUUUUAACAGAAACUGUAUUUAAUAUCAUUUCAAAUACCUUCUGUGCCAAACGGGAGAUUUAAAAAGUCUUAAACAAAAUGCACACAUGCACACACUUUGUAGCAAUAUAAAUUGUCUUAGAAUCUGUCUGAGAGUUUUUGUGUUUAUAUACAGUAAGGCGUGUACAGUAUGUAACACACCUGUUUGAUGUGCCUUUUCCCUCGCUGUGCUGUAAAGGGAAUAAAAAUGGCAUCUGCACAAUUAGCACUUGGAGCCGCAGAAGGUUUCUGAGGCCAACAUGUCUGAGCUGGAUUGACUACAUCUAGGAAAAAUGGAAAAUACUUUAUUUUAAUAAUUUCUGCAGAAAUAUUCCCUUAAUCCAUAAAAAAGCUUAUGCAGUUUUGAGAAAAUGCUCUGUUUGUAAAUUGUGUCCUAGGUGCAGUAGACAUUUAUACCUUUGAUAUUAUACCUUUGGUAUUUAUUGUUGCUUUGUAAAAUUAUUUAUGGCUAUUUAUAAAAUAUUGAAAAAUAUAUUUAUUUAAAAAAAUCUGAUUAAGCCUUAAAAACGUGUUCUUAGUCAUGAUCACCUUUUGGUUUUUUAUAACGAUUCAAAUAAAGAGAUAAUGAGUCAAGAUAAGUUUAUUAAUUAGUGAUGAUCCAGAGUGUACUGGUUUAAUACCGUGAGCAUUAGAUACUGUACACGUGGCUGUAGAAAAGACUGGAUCCCAGAAUUGUGAACAAGCCACUGAUGAUGCUGUUAUAUAAAGUGCCUUCACCUAUACAGUAUAAAGCUUUGUGUACUUAUUCCAUUAACAGACAGAAUAUAAAACAUACACAGAUCAGCCAUAACGCUAUGACCAAUAAUCAGGGUCAAAUCGUGAUGUCUAGACGACUGGGUCAGAGCAACUCCAAAACUGCAGCUCUUGUAGGAUGUUGCUGCUCUGCAUGGGUCGGGACCUUCUAAAAGUCAUCCAAUGAAGGAAAACCGGUGACCCGGUGACAGAACCAUGGAUGGACAAAGCUCACUGGAAGUGAAGGCUGGCCCGUGUAGUCCGAUCCAAUAGAAAAGCUACUGUAGGCCAAAUUGGGGAAAAGGUUAAUGCUGGUUUCUCAUAGUAAGGUGUCAAAACACACAGGUCAGUACUGUUUUGGUGAUAAAAAGGGAACCUGCUCAAUAUUAGGGAGGUAGAGUGGUUAUAAUCUUUUGCUUGAUCUGUGUAUAUUAUAUAAAUAAUCCCAGUGGGUAUCACACUACCGUUGUAAGAAAUACUUGCAUUUGUAAUGGGCCUGUUCUUCCCUAAUCUCAGCCCCAGUUUGAUGGAAUAUGCAUGUAUGUUUAUGUAUUUAUUAUUUAUUUCAGCAUGAUGUACUGUAUUUUCUUGUUGUUGAAUUUCAUGUUUUCUUGUUUACCUGACUCACUUUGUCUUAAAGAAGAAUUUCGAUGUCUUAUUCGAUAUUUGAAAAUAAAGCUAGAACCGAGCUAGAGCUGGAUUUCACGAAAUAAUUCGACAGAAGAAAGCAUUUACCGAAAAAUGUAUAUCAUUGAUACUGUAUAGUGCUUUAAAUGUGUUUUGUUUUUAUUAAACAAAAAAAAAAAAUCACUUUUAGAAAAUAAGGACUUGUCUCUAAUGUGAUAUUUGUGACUUAACAUUUGACUUUACUAUAAGUGCAUUAAAGAAACACUUAUUUGUCCCA